AUGGCGAUGCAGCCAACAAAGAAGAAACGCCUGGCCAGCUUGCCGCAAGAUCUCAUCGAGCUGAUACUUGUGAGGCUUCCAGUGAGCGAUCUGCUGAGGUGCUGUGGUGUCUGCAAGCAGUGGGAUGGCAUCAUCCGGGAUCCGCAGUUCACCAUGGCACACCUCAGGCGUGCGCGGCCUCGCCCCCUUUUAUUUUUUCAACGAGGCCGGGCUUCAGGCAAGUCCUUCCCUAGCGAAGCAGUCCUCUUUGAUGAGGCCUGGUCGCCAUCGACGCGGGAUGUGCCCGUGAUUGAUCCUGACGAUUUCUUGUGCGCUUCGUGCAAUGGCCUUGUUUGCUUGUACUCGAGUAACUCAACCAUCAAGAUAGCCAACCUCGCUACCGGUGAAAGUAUGCACCUAGCCAAACCCGUCAAGUACGCGACGGAAUAUCAAUCUUCGUUCUACAGCUUUGGUUUCAGCCCAGCUACAAAUGAAUACAAGAUCGUGCACUUUCUUCCGGGCCAGAAGCUCCAUCCUGCUGGUGGUUCCUUCAGUGUCAUUCAAGUUUACACGCUAGGCGAUGACAAGUGGAGGGACGUCAGAACUCUAGAAGUUGUAAGCCUGUACUGUGUGAAACAAAGUGGAGUUGUCAAUGUUGACGGAGCAAUGUACUGGCUAACCCAUGACAAAGAAAGCAACUGGCGACGGGCCGUUAUAUCCUUUGAUCUCAGAGAUGAAUGUCUAGAAAUAAUACGGUUGCCCAAAGUUGAUUUUGCGGAUCCUGCAUUUGCUAAUCCGUUCUGUUACUGGAUCACCGAGAUAGAUUCCAAGGUGUCUGUGGCUGCUGUUCAAGCCAGAAGAGAUUCCGUGCUCGCAAGGAAGCUGCAUAUCUGGACACUUGACAACAAGGUAGAGAAAAGCUGGACCCAGAAGUAUAGUAUUGAGUUACCAGCACUUAGCGUUCUUGGACCGCAUUUCAUCUACGAGGAUAAGAUUAUCAUGCAUAGUCGUAAUGGUGGCAUAUAUUGCCAUGAAUUGACAAGCCAGCGAUUUACGAUUGACGAUACCAAGUUGGUGAAGCUGUUAGAUUCCAGCCCCCGCAGCUACGAGAAUACGCAAUCCUAUAUGUGUGUGAAGUCACUUGUUCGGUUGGAUGCAUACAAGAAGGCCGGUAUGGUGCGCACGCGAAAGAGAAAAGAGGGUUGGAAAUUGAAGAAGUGGGAGGCGUGGGAACAUGACCGUUCUAAGAUAGAGGAGCUGUGGAGAUCAGGCCAUCGGAUUCAGCAAAGGAUGCAUGAAAUGGCACAUGUGAUCGGCGCAGCCAUCAGUCUGAACUUGCCUGCCCCACCAGAUCAGCAGGAUAGCCCCCACCGACGGCUUAAUUGGGUGCGGGUGACGGACAUGCUGGAGUCUCAUGUUGAUAGUUUGGAUGCUCCAUGGAAGGUCUUAGUCCAGGCAGCUGACGCCUUCAGUAGUGAGACCAAGAAGAUGAUCCCAGCGGCAGACCAGGCAAAGCAGAGAAAUGAAGAGGAGAGCGAGGCUGGCCCAUCAAGGCCAAAGCGGAAGAGGAAGCCCAGCUCCAGAUUUGAUUCGUCGACGUGGACAACCUGA